AUGACGUCUAAAUCAGACAAUUCUCAUGUAAAAAUUCCAAUCGAGGAGGCAAAUAAAAGGAUUCUGGAAAUUGCCCGCUCGCCUAAAAUGAAAUAUGUUGCUGCACUGCACGAAGAUAGCAAUAAUAUUAGUCGUUGGUACAAAUAUAGCGAUAGCAAUAUUAACAAUGGCGAGAGAAUAUUUGCAAUUUCAGAUAAUAAACUUGUUUCAAUCAGUUUUGAUAGAGACAAACCUUAUAAUUUCAAAAUUUUCGAUUUUGAAAAUGAAAAAGAGAUAUUAUUAAAAUUUCCAGAUUGGCAAAGGGAAAUUGAUUUCUUAUCCUUUAUUGCUAACGGAAAUAUUAUAAUGGUCAAUACUAAAUAUUACAGAGCAUAUAUUUUUUCAAGUAAAGACAAUAUUACUUGGGCUUGUAAAUCAAUGAUUGAGCUUAAAUAUUUUAAAACAAUUUAUAUUACUUCUAAAGGCAAAUUGAUCAUAUUUAAUGAUACAAUUUAUGAGAUCAAGAUGUGGUACAUUGAAAAAUUAUCGAUUCAAACUAGUAUUUUAAUAGAUUGGAAUUUUGUACCUGAAUCUAUUGAAAUUAGCGACGAUGAAGAGUUAUUAGUAGUAUGCGCAAGAAAUGAAGAAACUAAUGAAACACGUUUAUAUGUUUUUUCCACCGAAACUGGAAUGAAUUUAUCAUCAU